AUGUUUUUAAAAGCUAUAUCGACUAUACUCGGACACACUGUAAGCAUUGUUGAUAAUGAACUAUCGGUUAUUGAAGAGUUACCAACAUAUACAAACAAUUCCAAAAUAUCACCUAGUAGUGUUCAGGUUUCAAUAAAUGGAAAUGAAGAAGUUAAUAUUGAACUUAGUUCCAACAAUCUUAACUUUGCUCUUGAAUCAUUUUCAGCCGUGUUAGAUGGUUGUACAACAAAAGUAGGUUAUAUUAAUGGUGUUAUUGAUGUUACUUAUGAUGACAUUAAAUACAGGGAUGUUAAAAUAGAAGGUAAAAUUUCUAUAACACACUUUGGUGAUUUUAUUGAAGAUGCAAAAAUAACUGGAAAUUUGAGUAUGACAUUUUCAUUGGAUGAAGAAGAUUCUUACAGAGUUGAAAAUUAUAAUUUAGAUUCUGAUGUAAAUAUAAAAUUUGAUCAAGAACUUUCAUCAUUUGAAAUGAGUGGUAAACUCUACCUUAACAAUCAAAUGUAA